GUAAUCGAUUACAUCAGCAUGUUCGAGAGACUUCGAGAAAAAAAGGCUCCAUCCCGCGUCAAAACUGAAUAUUCUUUUCCUGACCACCACCGUCAUUCUUUAUGAUGCCUCAACAUCCUGAACUUUUAUGGGCCCAGCGCAGCUCAAAGACGACUCCCGACAAAAAUGUCAUCUACCUCACUGUGAACCUUCCUGAUAUCAAAGAAUCUUCGCUGAAAUUCGGCCUCAGCGAAACCUCCCUUCAAUUCAGUGCAACGGCUGGAGAUUCGGCAAAAGGUAUCGAUGAAAAGGAAUACUCUUUUGAGCUCGAUUUUUUCAAAGAGAUCAAUGCCACGGAAUCAACAAAGCGUCUGAACUCGCGAUCUCUAUAUCUCGUUUUGCGCAAAAAGGAUAUGGAAGAAGAAUACUGGCCUCGUCUUACGAAAGAAAAAGUCAGGAACUCGCACAUAAAGACUGAUUUCAGCAAAUGGGUAGAUGAGGACGAGCAAGAUGGCGAAGCGGCUGCUAACGAUGACGAUGAUAUGUCGGGCAUGGGUGGGAUGCCUGGAAUGGGUGGGAUGCCCGGAAUGGGUGGGAUGCCAGGAAUGGGCGGCAUGCCAGGAAUGGGCGGUCUGGGUGGCAUGCCUGGUAUGGAGGGCAUGGACUUCGAAAAGAUGAUGGCAGAAAUGGGUUCUGCGAGUGGUGGGGGUGCCGGACCUUCCGGAAUUGACGAUGAUGGUGAUGAUUCUGACGAUGAUGGCCCUCCACCUCUCGAGGAUGCCGAAUCAGCCAAGUAGACGAACAUUGACAGUGCCUCGAACAUCUUGCUUGAUAUCAAAAUGCUUGUAUUUGGAUUUGUAUAUAAAGUGGCACAACUUGACAAUGGGAGUUCACAUGUUCAAAAGCUUUCAA